ACAAAAUUUUUUAGGUUACAUUUUUGUUAUGAAUUUUCAUUAUUUUUAUUAUAAAAAUUAAAAUAAACUUUGAAAAUGGGAGAAAUCAUUUCAUCAUUUAUUUCUAGUUGUAAUAAUACUUUAAAUAAGCAAAUAACAACCAGUUUAACGCAAGCAAAUAUUGAAACAAGACCUGCCAAAAGCCAUGGCAUCACAUGCCUCAUAUUAUUGCCUGCUAUUCUGGUUUUGUACUCAUGCUUGGACGAUGUGUCUCUGGUUUACAAAAAAGCAACAUGUAUCUCACUGGGGUUACUUCUAUAUUCCCUUCUAUUUAUUCUACAACUAUCAGUGUCAGAUGCGGUAUUGAAAAAAACCUCCCAUAGUGGUGUCAUUGUAUCAAGUAUGUUGCCCAGCGCUCUCUUGUCUAUUUGGUUGCAGCAAGAUUUCAGAUUCUGUGUUUGUGUGUCUCUUCUAUCAACAUUGAUCUUCAGUUUGUUGCUAAAGGUAUCACUUGUGAAGUUCCAGAAAACAUUUACAAUUGGAGAGGCUAUUGUAGUUAAUCAAGCUAUAACUCUGUUUUCUGUCGUAUCUAUCAUCAAAUGCACAUUUAACAUAAAUAAAGAUGAUGGAGAAAUGGAAUUUAUUAAUACUGUUAUUUAUAUAGUUCUCACCACAGUUUGUGUUAUGAUGAUGCUACUGUAUUUUCUUCCCGAAAAGAAGAGGAAUGUAUUAAGCUUUGUGUACAUUGUUAUGUUCAGUGCCACAUUUGCACUCACUUUGCUACAUUGGUUUCUUGGACCAUAUUGCCUGAUAAAUUUAUUAAAAUACAUACUCAUUGAAAAUUAUAGGUGGAAGAUCUUGUCAUUCUGGUUGACAAUAGUCACAUGUACAGUACUAGCACUUGUGGUUCGGACAAAGAUGGGUGCCAAAGCUGACACAGUGACAAGAAAAACGUUUCAUAUAUUGACGUCACUGAUAUUCGUGUCGGGAAUACUGUUUGAUUACAAUUUGAUGCUGCUGGCUGCUGGAGUAGGCCUUGGUGCUAUUGUGUUGAUAGAGGCAUUACGAAAAGCAAGAAUAGAACCUUUCUCAUCAGUCUUGCAGUCGGCGUUUAUUGUUUACAGCGAUGAAAAGGACUGCGGGUGCUUCGCCAUGACCCCCAUCUACCUGUACUGCGGGCUGGGCGCUCCGCUGGCGCUGCUGCAGCAGUAUCGUCCGCUGGAGGCGCUGGCCGGUGUGCUGUCGGCCGGCGUGGGUGACACUGCGGCGAGCUGGGCGGGCUCGCGGUACGGGAGACAUCACUGGUCAGACAGUAAAAAAACGUUAGAAGGAACAGUUGCCAACAUUCUGUCGCAAGUUGCAGUGGUGUACAUUUUGCAAGUACUAGGUAUGUUGACCACACAGUAUGCUCUUGCACGGACGUUGGUGGCAGCCACAGUAUCAGCACUUGUAGAGGCAAGGACGGAUCAAGUGGACAACCUUAUACUACCGCUGGUUACACUGAUAGCGCUACAGUGCACAAGGUUCAUCUGUUAGAAUGUUCUAGAAUAGUGUUUCCCAAACUUUUCGGGACCGCGACCCAUCUACAAGAAAGUUUAAAGUUCGCGGCCCACCUUAUGUCAAAAAGACAAAAAAGCAGCGGUAUGUUGCUGCCGCAACAUUUGCCCGUUAAUUCUUAUCUUAGUUCUCCACCGUAUCAUCAUCGUCAGCCUUACUUACAAUCACGUUUGCGUUCGAAUGCCCCGCCCCGUCCCGCACGCACCCGCGACGAUAAACGAACGAGUAAAAUGACAUUUGAACGAGUACAAUCGUCCUAUAGUUUCAGGGCCCACCCAAAAUAUGCUCGCGACACACCAGUGGGUCGCGACCCACACUUUGGGAAAUACUGUUCUAUAAGCUUUUCCAUACGUAAUGGCUAAUGACAAUUGACAUUAUUGUGAUACAUUUACAUUCCAUAUUAGGGUUAAAUGUUAUAUUCAGAGUCCCACCUCUUAUAUUAAAAAUAUUUAAGUAGUAUCUAAGUAUAUAAUAGCAAAGAGUAAAGUUAAGUUAUGUUUUUAAAGGUGUUAGGUCAGCUAUCCCCAACGCGCAGCCGCCGCGCGCCGGGACUUUAUUUGUGGCCCGCGUGAUGUUAAA